AUGUUUUUUUGGGACAGCUGCCCUUUCACAGAUGACGAUGACGACGAUGUUCCACUUUGCAGUUGUCAGGGCAUCAACCUCACCAACUGCCGUUACGAUAGCGUGCGUCGCGCUGCGGAGAAAUUAGGAAUUAAAGAGGCAAAGCCAGGUGAGGACUGGACUUUGUUUUGGACCGAUCCCCGUCCUUGUGAAGAAAAAUUUAAAGAAAUGAAACCGUAUCAGAAAAUCAACCAUUUGCCCUCUAUGACUGAAAUCUGCCACAAAAAUUCACUAGCGACUAACUGGAAGCACAUGCUAAAGUUUUUCCCCGAAGACUACAACAUUUUCCCUAGGACGUGGACUUUUCCCAUAGAGUACGGCCUUUUUAAAACAUACGCCAGGGACAAAGACAAAUGUUACAUUUGCAAACCGAACGCGGGCAGUCAAGGCAAAGGCAUCUCCAUCUUCACGUCGUGGGAUAAAGUUCAGCCAGAGCAAGAUAUGAUCUGUCAGGAAUACAUCGACAAGCCUCUGCUCAUCGACGGAUUCAAGUUCGACAUGCGCAUCUACGUGCUGGUGACCUCGUGUUACCCCUGGAGGAUCUACAUGUACAACGAGGGGCUCGCUCGCUUUUGCACUGUUAAGUAUGAAGAGCCAACAGAUGAAAAUGUGAAUAACAAGUAUAUGCAUCUAACAAACUUCACCAUCAACAAGGACAGCGAGACGUUCGUCAAUGAUGAAAAGACGGGGAGCAAACGAAAGUUAUCGACUCUAAAGAAGCAGUUGACAUCCAACUACAAGAACACGGAGAAGAUCUGGAGCAACAUCGAGGACGGCAUUGUGAAAACGCUGGUCUUGGCUCACUCCCGCAUCCAGCACGGCUACACCACUCUCUUUUCCAAACACGUGGUGGGAAGCGCUUGCUUCCAGAUCUUGGGCUUUGACGUGCUGCUGGAUGAGGAAUUCAGGCCAUGGGUGCUUGAGGUGAAUCACUCUCCAGAUUUUUCCACUCUGCUGCCGCUGGACUGCGAUGUCAAGGACGCCUUACUUUACGACACUCUAGUCCUUAUCAACUUGGCUCCCUUUGACCGGUGCAGGAUGAUCAAGGAGGAGAAGCGGAAGGUGGAGGAGCGCAUGAAACAAAAUGUGCGGAUAGAAGAGAGGCUGGAAAACGAACAGCAGCGCCGGGCCACCAUGGUGGAGGAGAUGGAGAGCUACGAAGACGAUCACCUGGGAAACUUCAAAAGGAUCUACCCCAGUGAGGGAAACGAGAAAUAUGACAAGUACUUAAAAGUGGAGGACAGGCUCUACAAGACUAAGAACAAUGACUUCACUAAAAGCACAAUCAUCAACACUGAACCGCCAUCCUCCAGCGACUUGUGA